GUGGAGGAACAAUCUUGACAGGUAGCUGUGAAUCGGCGCGACGCCGGGGAACAGGGCGGAACUUGUUACUGUUGUCUGCAGUGAUAUCAUAACACUGCAAUAUGAAGACGCGCUCAUAUGACCGCCACCCGUCUCCAUCCCUGGGCUAGACACAGGUGCCAUAACUGGGGCAGGAGGUAGGCAUGGGGAAUAAAAGGAGGAGGAAGGAUGCCAGCUGAGCCACUCGUCCCUCUGCAUCUGUCACUGCUGCCAGCAACAGACUAAAGAAAAACAGAAAAUGGCUCAGUCUGUGAGGAGGGCUGGGACUUUAGGAGCCAUGGACCGUGAGCCCCAGAGAGACAAGGCGAGGACUAGCUACUUCGGCAAUGUGAAGACCAGGUUGGGAUCCAAGCUGCCUGCUGGUGUCUCUCAGCCUCCACAGUUUGCAAAACGGCCCUGGGAGACACAACCAUCGGGCCGAGUGUUGCAGGAGGCUACAACCAGCAGCCAGCUCCAGCACCAGACAAUUGUGUAUCGACCCCUCAACCACAUCCCACACAUCAGAAACCCUAAGCUGCGGCAGUACUACCUGGCAGGGACUUCAUGGGAUCUGAACAAUACUGUAGUGACAAAGGAGCAAGUGGGCGGAUCGUCAGGUGACGGCCCAAGCAGCAGGGGUCUCCCUGGGGAUGGUGUGUUCAGCGUCUCAUCUAAGUUUAACAGUAAUGCAUCCUCAACGGAGGAGAGCGACAUGGGUCACCGGUCCACCCUUAAAGGAACUAAACCGUCCUUGUCGUCUGCUUCCCUCAUCGCCAGAGAACAGCUGGUCGUCCCAAAAGGAAAAAACACUUCUCCUGGAGAAGGAUCGUCGCAUCCAGAACUGGAUUCCGAUACUAAGGAGAGACCAGAAGCGGAAGUAGAUCAAGACCUUUUGAAUCCACUCGCUGCUCAGCCUCAGUCCCCGUCACCAGAAGCAGAAUACGACAAACUACUGGAUGUGGAGGCAGUACCGAUGCCUGAUGGGCAGCUCUGCUUAUUGGCUCUGCCACCAGAGUGCUGUGAGGGGGAGGGACCAGAGCCCAUGCCAUAUCUCAAACUGAUCUGCCGCUACAUCACUGAUCGUAAGGGUUGUGUUUCAGGCAUCCUGCUGGUGACUUCUAAUAAAAUCUUCUUUGAUCCGUGUAAGACACAUCCUCUGGUGAAGGAGCAUGGCUGCGAGGAGUACCUUCUGUCAUACUCUGUUGACAAUCUGGCAUCUGUCUCCUUCUUCUCUGAUAUCUCACAUGUUCACUUCAACACCUCGCAGCAGAGGAGAAAGGGGAAUAAAAUUUUCCAGAAGCUGAAAACAGCCAAAAAACGAGGUCACUUGAAUCACAAGGGGGAGUCAUGCCCACCUCUGGUGUCUGCUGCUCCAGCGGAUGUAUCCAGACUGGCUCUGAGCCUGACCAAGGAGGUUUCUGAAGAUGAGGAGGCAGAGAGCAAGGACAUGGCUGAAGCUGAACAGGAGCUGGAUAGCAGCCCUCUGGAGGUGCUGACUGAAGCAUCGGUCGGCAGCCUGGGAGUGGCUGUCCUGAGCAGUGCUGCCACCUUCUGCUGUGGAAGUCAAGAGGUGACAAGCAAAGUGAACAUGGACCAACUGCAAUCUGAAGAAAUGGAGAAGACCUCUGUAAAAAAUCAAACUGCAGCACCUCAGAGGUCAUCAGCGAGUAGCCCUGGGGGUCUGAUGUUUGUGAGGCUGCGGGUUCAGCCAUCGGCAGGAAAGAAAAAGGGUGUCGGAGGUCUUCACCUGGGACCAGCCAAAACCUUACCUAAAAGGGAUACCUGGCUUGCACUGUCACAGGAAAGCUCCGACGAGCUGUACGCCUACUUAAAACACUGCCGACCAGACCUGUGUAUGCUUGAGGGAGGAAAGGAGGACAGGGAGGGAGACCGUGAUGAAGAGGAAUUCGUACUCAUUGAAGACGAGGAGGAGGAGGAAGAGGAGGAGGAUGAGGACAAGCUGCUUCAGAGACACUCAGGGGACGACUGGGAAAUGGUGUUGAUGGAGGAGAGUAGAGACAAGCCGUUCCUGGUCGUUGAUAGAGACCCCGAAGGACUCAGUAAUAUUGUUGAGAACAGCCAGAUUUUGGAGGCUUCACACGUCAGAGAGCUGUGUAAGGAGCUUCCUCCCAGGACAGUUGGCUACACAUGGCAGCUGGCUUACAGCACGUCACGUCACGGCGCCAGCCUCAAGUCUCUUUACAGAAAACUCAGCGGCACGGACUCCCCUGUUAUUAUUGUCAUCAAGGAUGCGCUCGAUGAGAUAUUUGGGGCCUUCCUCUCUCACCCUUUGAGGCCUAGUGAGAUGUUUUACGGUACAGGAGAAACGUUUCUCUUCAUGUUGCAUCCUCGCUUCAAGUGUUUCAAGUGGACUGGAGAGAAUUCCUUUUUUAUUAAGGGAGACUUGGAUUGCUUUGCUAUUGGUGGAGGCAGUGGUCACUUCGGUCUGUGGGUGGAUGAGAACCUAUACCUGGGCCGUAGCAGUCCCUGCUACACUUUUAAUAACUGCUGCCUUUCAGAAACAGAUGACUUCAGAGUCAUGGAGUUAGAAGUGUGGAAAUUCAGCUGAGGAGAUUGGACGACGUUUCAGCUUCUUUCACGUCGUCGCUGCUGAUCGGCUUUAAUCGAGACAGAAUUUAUCACUGAGCGGAAACGUGCAGCAGCUCCUUCAUUUCAUGGUAACAUCCAUAAACGAAAACAAUCAACCUUAAACUUCUGGAUUAAUCCAUGUGAUUAAGUGCUGUGGAUUUUAACAAAGUGAACUGAAAUAAAGCUGAUCCUUAACAGCCUACUGUCACAGAGUGGGCUCUGAGGGUGGACUGCUUAAUGGCUGACUCAUUCCUGUGGGUUUGGCAGACAAACUAAGUUGUGCUACAGUGAACUGUAGAACUAAACUGGAUUCUUUGAAUCCUAAUUUUUAGAUGGAGUAAGUUACAAAUGGAGUAAGUUACAAAUCUCAGACUGCACUUUGCUGUUAAUAUGAAUCGGUAACUUCACAAUAUCCCAUUAUUUAUUGUGUAAACGUCUCCCUUCAUAGUUAAAGCAUGUCUCCACUUUAAUGCUUUCUGAACUGCAUGUGUACAGCCCAAACUCUCGCAACCACUUCCCUUUCUUAACCACUAAUCAUCACUUUAAUGGCUUUUCAUUCAUCGGUGACGCAGACGGCUAAAACGAACGCCGAACACUUGGAGCUCUGCUUUUAGAAAGCCUUCUGGAUAGAAGAUCAUCUGUACUUCUUCUGACUUUAACAGCCUCAUUUGUGGAUUCUGAACGUGCAAAAAUCAAUACUUCAGAUUCAUGUAAUUAUGUCAUUCAGCUGUAUCUUACUCUGAUAGACCAAUCUACGUUAACUACACUCUACAGUACUGUAGAUGAGUUAAUAAAAAUCAGCACAAUGUGAAUUUAAA